AUGGUUGAAAGCACGUUCAAUGGAGGUGAUGGAGGUAGUAGGCCAUUGACAUCUGAUUUGUCUCUGAACCUCGCCGCGUUUGAUCCCGAAGAAACAUCAACACGCACGACAUUGCUAAAUGACCGUCUGAUUCAACUGGGACAGGAAGAUACAAAGUGGUGGACGUGUGGAGCUGCCGAGUAUCGUCGGCAUCGAGCUGCAGGACAGACGCCUUUCCCAGCGUCCGUCCGCCUCGAUGGAGCAGCAGAAGACAUGACCGUGACGUCUGAACACGGACCGGCCAUCAAGUGUCGCGUAUUCCGCCCUCCAAGUCAAGAGCCACGGGGAGUAUUCUACCACAUUCACGGUGGAGGCUACGUGCUCGGUUCGGCAAGCGAUCAAGAUCUCCUGCUCGCCGAGAUCUGCCACUCUUUAUCGCUGGUCGUGGUCUCGGUCGACUAUCGCCUUGCGCCGGAGCAUCCUUAUCCCGCUGCCCUGGAGGACUGCUGCACCGUUGCGGAAUGGCUCGUGAAGCACGCGCGAGAAAAGUGGCGCGGUGAGUUGAGUUUCAUCGGUGGCGAGUCUGCGGGCGCAACCUUGUCGGCUCUUGUGCUCCUCCACCUGAAACGACGCGGUGCCCUGUCCCAUAUCAAGGGCGUGGUCUUGAGCUACGGCAAUUUCGAUCUCUCAGCCUUGCCGUCUCUGAGAGAGCUCGGCCCGUCGGAGGUCCCGAUCUUGAGCCAUGAGGACGCCGAGAACUUUCUGCACGCCUAUAUCCCGGGGCUGCAGCCUGAUCAAAGAAAGGCUCCCACCAUGUCACCUGCAUAUGACAAGCUCGACGGUCUGGUCCCUGCCUUGUUUAUAGUCGGCACCAAGGACGGGCUGCUGGAUGACACCGUCCUGAUGGCCUGGCGGUGGCAGUUGGCGGGAAACGAAGCGAUCGUGAAGUUCGUGCCCGGGGCCUGCCAUGGUUUCAUGACUUUCAACGGCCAAGCGGUCGAAGUGACCCGUCGCGGUUGGGACCUUAUGAUCAAGUUCCUGACGGCAAAAUUAGGUAGCUGA